AUGUGCAACUGUGGCAGCAUGAAAUCUGGUUGGAUUGGUCUGCUUUUGGAUGGUGGAAGAACAUGCUUUUGGAGGAUGGAAGAAUAUGCCUUGGAUGGAUGGUGGAAGAAUAUAGUGUGGUGUGUUGUGUGGCUUUCAGUUGCUGUGUGGUGGAAUGGAAGAAUAUGCUACUGGGUGGUGGAAGGAAUAUGGGCUGAGAUUUCGGGGCUUUCAGCUGUUGGGUGGUGGAAGAAUAUGCCGUUGAAUGUUGGAAGAAUAUGCAUUGGAUGGUGGAAGAAUAUGCUUUUGGUGGUGGAGGAAGAGGCUCAUUUUGGAUGUAAGUUUGCUCUGAUUUUGAAAAAAAAAACAAAAAUUUGCGAGCUAAAAAUUUUUGCGCAAAUGCGAUCUUUUCUCAUCUCAUUCUUCUCUUUCAUUUCUCUUCUUUUUUUUCAAAUUUAGCAGAUCAACCCGUCUUCAAUUGUGGUAGGCAUGGAUGGGAUUUUCAACA